AUGUCGCAGGGCUACUCGCAAAGCGUCAACGACCCACAGCUUAUCACUACCGUUAACAAGCUUCAAGAUGUCUUUGCGACGGUUGGAGUCCAAAACCCGAUAGACUUGCCACAGAUUGUUGUCGUCGGAUCUCAAUCGUCAGGAAAGAGUUCCGUAUUAGAAAAUAUUGUCGGAAGAGAUUUUCUUCCAAGAGGUACUGGUAUCGUCACCAGACGGCCGUUGGUCCUCCAACUGAUCAACCGUGCUGCCGGUACCAAUAACCCCUCUGCCAACGGCGACUCCAAUGAUAACGGCCUCAAGGGCAGCACAGACUCCGCCGCUAACCUCGAUGAGUGGGGCGAGUUCCUUCACAUUCCCGGCCAAAAGUAUUACGACUUCAACAAGAUCCGUGAUGAAAUUGUUAAGGAAACCGAAGCUAAAACUGGUCGUAAUGCCGGUAUCUCGCCUGCACCCAUCGGGUUGAGGAUAUACUCUCCCAACGUUCUUACUUUGACACUAGUCGACUUGCCUGGUUUGACAAAGGUGCCAGUUGGAGAUCAGCCAAAAGAUAUUGAGAAGCAGAUCAAGGACAUGGUGUUGAAGCAGAUCAGCAAGCCGAAUGCGAUUAUUCUGGCAGUUACAGCGGCGAACACCGAUUUGGCAAACUCCGAUGGUUUGAAGUUGGCAAGAGAAGUUGACCCUGAGGGUCAACGUACUAUUGGUGUUCUCACCAAGAUCGAUCUUAUGGACGAUGGAACCGACGUUGUCGAUAUUCUCGCCGGCAGAAUCAUUCCUCUACGUCUUGGAUACGUACCAGUUGUUAACCGUGGCCAACGUGAUAUCGAGAAUAAGAAACCGAUUCAAGCGGCUCUUGAGUACGAGAAGAACUUUUUCGAAAACCACAAGUCGUACAGGAACAAAGCUCUCUAUUGCGGUACCCCAUACUUGGCACGGAAACUCAACUUGAUUCUCAUGAUGCACAUCAAGCAAACACUUCCUGAGAUCAAGAACAGAAUUUCCGCAUCUUUGCAAAAGUACGCUACCGAACUUCAAGGUCUUGGCGACUCUAUUCUUGGUAACAGCUCGAAUAUACUUCUCAAUAUUAUAACGGAAUUCUGUAACGAAUACCGGACAGUUCUUGACGGUAACAACCAGGAGUUAACUUCGAUGGAGUUGUCCGGUGGUGCCCGUAUCAGCUUUGUGUUCCAUGAGGUUUAUGCCAAUGGUGUUAAAGCUGUUGAUCCGUUUGACCAGGUGAAGGAUGUCGAUAUCCGAACAAUUUUGUACAACUCGUCUGGUUCGAGUCCUGCACUGUUUGUGGGAACUACAGCGUUCGAGUUGAUCGUUAAGCAGCAAAUUAAGAGGUUGGAAGAGCCUAGUGUUAAGUGUAUCAACCUUGUCUAUGAUGAGUUGAUCAGGAUUUUGAACCAGUUGCUUCAAAAGCAGCUAUUCCGACGGUACCCUAUGCUUAAGGAGAAGUUCAGCAUGGUUGUUAUCACAUUUUUCAAGAAGGCCAUGGCCCCAACCAACAAGCUUGUCGUCGACCUUGUCUCCAUGGAAAGCUGCUACAUCAAUACUGGUCACCCCGACUUCCUCAACGGUCACCGAGCUAUGGCAAUCGUCAAUGAGAAGCACAACUCCGCCAAACCAGUCCAAGUUGACCCUAAAACUGGGAAACCAUUGCCGCGCACAGAAUCUCCGGCACCAAGUCUGGACUCUCAGGAGAAUACUGGAUUCUUUGGCAGUUUCUUUGCAAGCAAGAACAAGAAGAAGAUGGCAGCUAUGGAGCCACCGCCACCAACUUUGAAGGCCUCGGGAACUCUUAGUGAACGAGAAGGAAUUGAAGUUGAGGUUAUUAAGCUGCUCAUCCAGUCUUACUAUAAUAUCGUGAAGCGAACAGUUAUUGAUAUGGUCCCCAAAGCUAUCAUGUUGAAUCUUGUCCAAUUGACAAAAGACGAGAUGCAACGAGAACUUCUCGAGAACUUGUAUAAACUAGACAGCGUGGAUGAUUUGUUGAGGGAGUCUGAUUACACAGUCAGACGGAGGAAGGAGUGCCAGCAGAUGGUGGAGUCGUUGACCAAGGCGCAGGAGAUUGUCAACACCGUCGGCUAG